AUGGCUACUAGUACUAGUUUACGCGUCCUCGCCGUCCUCUCGCUCAUCUGCGUCACCCUGUGCGCGGCUGGCGCAAACGCGCAAGCGAAGCCCAAGGCCAAACCCACCAAGGCGCAGCUCAAAGCGGAGCUGAAUAAAAUGGCGAACACAAUCACGAAACGUUACCCACAGUAUGCGAAAUACGCCAAGGACUUCAACAAGUACAUCGGCCUCGCGCUCAACUCCAAAUACGACUUCUCAACCCUCGCGGACGCCACCAUCCUCCUCCCCAGCAACACAGAAGCCGAAGCCCUCGCUAGUAAGAAGAUCCCCGCUAAGAGCAGCAACAUCCCCACCAUCUACAACAUCACGGCGUACCACAUUAUCGGCAAAAAGUACACCGUUCCGAACUUCAGGACCUUUAAGAAGGCGCAGCCGCUUCGUACUCAGCUGAAGCAGGCUCUUUACAAGAUCUCGGCGAAAGGUGCGAACGUGGUGUCGUUCGCCAAGGUUUCGAAAGCGCCUGCUGCUGCGUGGACGACGAUCAAGGUCACGAGGAUCUACGCUGGGCCGUACUUCAUUGCUCACGGCGUGGAUAAAGUCAUGAUUCCCCCCGGCACGAAGUGGGUGACUCAGGUGGGUGAUUCGAGUGGGUGGCUCAGGUGGGUGCCGGUGGGUGACUCAGGUGGGUGCCUCAGGUGGGUGACUCAGGUGGGUGCCUCAGGUGGGAGACUCAGGUCGGUGCCUCAGGUGGGUGGCUCAGGUGCGUGGCUCACGUGCAUGACUCAGGUGCGUGACUCGUGGCAGUGCUAUUGUAGUAACCUCCCUUCCCUGCAGCACCAGCCACGUCGCUCUUAG